AUGGUGAAAGGUGAAAGUAGUUUGCACAAUAACAUCUCUGUGGUUGUUACAUGUUAUGUGGCAUACAUAGCGGAAUGUUUUUCUCUAGUUCUUUUUAAGGUGUACUGCAUAGACCAAACCUAUACCACUAUCCGCGUGCCGGUGUCUUCGUCUGUGAAGGAAGUGAUCAGCGCAGUAGCAGAUAAGCUGGGUUCUGGAGAAGGCCUUAUCAUAGUAAAGAUGAGUUCAGGAGGAGAAAAAGUCGUGCUCAAGCCUCAUGAUGUUUCAGUGUUUACAACUCUCAGUGUUAAUGGACGACUCUUUGCCUGCCCACGUGACCAGUUUGAUUCACUGGCACCGUUACCAGAACAAGAGGGACCAUCAGCUGGUACGGUUGGAACAUUUGAACUGAUGAGCUCCAAAGACCUCGCACAUCAGAUGACAAUUUAUGACUGGGAGCUCUUCAAUUGUGUGCAUGAGCUGGAACUGAUCUAUCACACUUUUGGAAGGCACAAUUUCAAAAAGACCACAGCAAAUCUGGAUUUAUUUUUAAGAAGAUUUAAUGAAAUUCAGUUCUGGGUGGUCACUGAGAUUUGUCUUUGCUCUCAACUCAGCAAGCGUGUGCAGCUACUGAAGAAAUAUAUUAAGAUAGCAGCCCACUGUAAAGAAUACAAAAAUCUGAAUUCCUUUUUCGCUAUUAUUAUGGGACUGAGUAAUGUUGCCGUGAGCCGUCUUUCACUGACUUGGGAGAAACUUCCAAGCAAGUUCAAGAAGAUCUAUGCAGAAUUUGAAAGCUUAAUGGAUCCAUCAAGAAACCAUAGGGCCUACAGACUAACUGUAGCUAAAUUGGAUCCUCCAAUAAUUCCUUUCAUGCCUCUACUUAUAAAAGACAUGACGUUUACUCAUGAGGGAAAUAAGACACUCACUGACAAUCUAGUAAACUUCGAAAAGAUGCGCAUGAUUGCCAACACUGUCAGGACGGUGAGGUUCUGCCGAAGUCAAUCUUUCAAUCCUGACGCAGCGCUAGCUAAUAAGAACCAUCAGGAUGUUCGGAGCUAUGUGAGGCAAUUAAAUGUGAUUGACAACCAGAGAACUUUAUCACAGAUGUCUCACCGACUAGAGCCGCGUCGGGCAUAAACAUUUGAGGCAAUGAUGAGAAACGAUCUUUUAUCCUGUCAAGGUCACUUGUUGAGAACUUCACUUUCUCUGCGACUGCACUGCCACUACAAAAAUAAGCAAAAACAUAUUGUAAGGUCUUAGGCAACGCACAAUGUACUGCCUGUCAGAGAACUUUGGCUGAGAAAGAAUUUAUGCACUGUAGCUGUAAGGGUGGCCAUGUUGUGUACAAUUAACUCAUUUUAAAGUGCAGUAAAGGAUUUUUGUAUGAAUUUUAAAAACGGGGAAUAACAAAAAUAGUUUAAAAUGCACAAAAAAAAGGCUCCUAACACUUCUAAGGGAGCUAAUGUUUUUCUCACUAACUAAAAAUAUAUGUUUUAUAAUUUCUUGCCUAGGUCAGGAAAGAACUGACAGUUUUGCUUCCCCAGCUGUUGAUCUCAAUACAAGAUGCAUGUAAGCAUCUGAUGAAAAAGCAGAGGUUUGGGAGAAUUGUCCAAGGUCUAAUUCCAUCACAAGAAUACUUAAAAAUUUCCCUUUGAAAUACAGCAGAUACUAAGAAAAAAUUCUAAUGUUAUUCAUACUGCCUACUACUUCAAGCAGUGUGGCCACUUCAGAAAACUGACAGGACUGAAAAUAUUUUGGACGAUAACUAGAUUAAUCUGUGUUUACAUUUUAUUUCUUUUUUUGAACUAUCAGGUUUUUACAAAAUUCCACUAUGAAUUAGUAAGGCUGUCAAAAUCAACAAUAGCAUAAAGGUAGCAAAAGACUUGUUCGAAAUGAGCACAAUAUGCACAAACAGAUUUCAUGAGAAUAGUUUCCUGGACAUCAGAACCUUCAGCUAUGAUUAAUACUGGCUGGCUAACAAGUAUUUUCUGGUCUUAAGCAUUUACAAAUAUCUAAAUUUUCAGCCAAUUGUUUUGCACUUUCAACAGACUGUAAAUAAAUAUUAAUUCAUUAUGUUCUAGAAUAUUUAUUUAUGUAAUAGCCGUUGUGCAAAAAUAAUUCUGUUUUAUUUAUUUUGUUUAGCAUGUUCUCAAGUGCAGCUUUUGUCUUUAUACUUUAUGUGCAUCUCAUGUGUAGGAAUCGUGUGACGUGUUUUCUGUAAAUAACACUCAGUACCUUAUUAAACGU